AAGAAAAAUCUCAUCUUUUCCAUCUGACGUUGCUGUUUUAAUCUGUUUUACGACACCCAAAUCGUCAAAAAAAUUAUUAAAUUAAUAAAAGGACGAUGAACAUUUCUUCUUCUUCUUCUUCUCUCUCUAUAAAUCUCUAUCAAACUCAUCCACCUUUUCUUCCUAGCACGACCACAAACACUUGUUCUUCUUCCUUUUCCUCUGCAACUAGUUGUUCCCCAAGGUGUUCCUUUUCUAGCUCCCCUGUUUCCCUCGGUGCUUUGCGUCCCCGGAGAUCACCCAAUAGCUUGAUUCGCAAGAAAAAUCAAAGUUUACUCGCCGGACUUGAGGUGGUUUCUGCUUCUUCUGGGUCUAACGAGGAUAUGACUAUUACUGACGUUAGGGAAGGUGAGGAAUCGGAGAUCGAGGCUCCGCUCCUCGACCCCGAGUCCUACUCCAAGCCUAGGAGAAUUGCUCUCUUCGUUGAGCCUUCUCCUUUUGCAUAUGUCUCAGGAUACAAAAACAGAUUCCAGAACUUCAUUAGGUAUCUACGUGAAAUGGGAGACGAGGUUAUAGUCGUGACGACACAUGAAGGUGUUCCCGAAGAGUUUUAUGGAGCCAAAGUCAUUGGAUCUAGAAGCUUCCCUUGCCCUUACUACCAGAAGGUUCCUCUCUCGCUUGCGCUUAGUCCAAGAAUUAUCUCCGAAAUUGCUCGGUUUAAGCCUGACAUUAUACACGCUUCCUCUCCUGGAAUUAUGGUUUUUGGUGCUCUUGCAAUAGCAAAGAUGUUAUCUGUUCCGAUAGUAAUGUCUUACCACACACACGUCCCUGUUUACAUCCCAAGAUACACUUUUAGUUGGUUGGUCCAACCAAUGUGGUCAAUAAUAAGAUUUCUUCACCGAGCGGCUGAUCUUACAUUAGUUCCUUCCGCAGCCAUUGGAAAAGAUCUUGUAGCAGCUGGUGCAACUGCAGCUAAUCAACUUCGACUAUGGAAUAAGGGUGUCGAUUCAGAAAGCUUUAAUCCCCGUUUCCGUUCUCAAGAAAUGCGUAUAAGACUGAGUAAUGGUGAACCAGAAAAGCCUCUAGUGAUCCAUGUAGGACGUAUUGGCGUAGAAAAGAGUUUGGAGCUUCUAAAAAGUGUAAUGGACAAGUUGCCUGAAGCUCGGAUUGCUUUUAUUGGAGAUGGGCCAUACAGAGAGGAUCUAGAGAAGUUGUUCGCCGGAAUGCCAGCUGUUUUCACGGGAAUGUUAUCAGGUGAGGAACUCUCACAAGCUUACGCAAGCGGAGAUGUAUUUGUGAUGCCAUCAGAGUCAGAGACGCUUGGCCUUGUGGUUCUUGAGGCAAUGGCUUCAGGACUUCCCGUUGUUGCGGCUCGAGCUGGUGGAAUCCCUGAUAUCAUCCCUGAAGAACAGGAGGGCAAAACCGGGUUCUUAUUCAACCCUGGAGAUGUGGAAGACUGCGUGACGAAGCUCAAAGCCUUAUUGGAGGACAGUGAGACAAGAGAAAUCAUUGGAAAAGCUGCGAGAGAAGAGACGGAGAAGUAUGAUUGGAGAGCAGCAACGACGAAGAUACGCAAUGAACAGUACGGAGCGGCGAUAUGGUUCUGGAGGAAGAAGAAAGCUCAGGUUCUUGGACCUAUCAAUUGGUUGGUUAAACGACUCUUCCCUGUGCCUCCCGAAGUUAACGCCUAGGAGCUGAAGCAAUCAAACAAUGUGGAUUUGCUUGAAAUGAUGUUACUUUGGUUAAUGGUGUUUUAUCUUCUCAUACUUUGAUUACUUACGUGUUUAUGCCAAACUUGACGUUGUAAAAUGUGUCAUCUGGGUGGGUGGGGGGUUUAAAACCUGGUGUGGACUGGCUUUUAGGGUUUUUAUAUUUUCACAUCACCUACUUGUGUUUUUCAUGUACUAUAUUAUUUUGUUUUUUUUUUGUUUGUAUAAAAAUGGUUAGCAGCUUGUUUAAUGUUUCUGUCUUGCUGUUUUGUAACUAGUAGUGGUUGACAAGAUACAUCUUACUUAAUAAUAAUAACUAA